GCCCUGCAAUCAAAUCCCCAACGCUCAAACACCAUCAAGCCACCUACGGAUAGAGAGAGAGAGAGUGGGGAACCUAGCAAAAGCAGAGAGCUUCCUCUGCAACCCACGCCCACGCUCACGCCGGUGACACUAUGGAGACGAAGUAGAGAGAUGAGAUAUCAGCACCCAAGAUCGUCGCCAAUGGAGGAGGAGGGAUCCGCGAAGGUGUUGCUGUCCACUCCGUGGUGAGGUUAGCAAAGAAAUGCCCUCAACCUCCUCUUCUCAGACACCUCAAAGACAAUCACGGCUUGGACUAAAAAACUUUUCAAAGACUUCAUCGGGGUCAUCUUUUUCAUCACGGGUCUUCAAUCAUGGGUCGUGAUUCUAGUAAAAAAUUUAGGGGUGAGAAUCACUUUGUGCUGGAGAUCACCAUUUACAAGAAGGUUUGCAUUAAAGGGUACCUGGAUAAGUGUUCAGUUGAACGUAGCAUUCCUCUUCUGAUCCAAAAGAAAAUGGCAUCAACCACCUCAGAUUCAACAACAAUGAGAUGUGCAGUUGUAACUGGAGCAAGUAAAGGAAUUGGACUAGAGAUAUGCAGACAGUUAGCUUCUAAUGGAGUCAUGGUGGUAUUAACAGCUAGAGAUGAGAAGAGGGGUCUUGAAGCUGUGGCAAAGCUUCACGAAUCUAGCCUGUCUAAUGUAGUUUUUCAUCAGCUUGAUGUGAUGGAUGCCAAUAGUAUCACUUCCUUGGCAAAAUUCAUUGUGACCCGUUAUGGGAAGCUCGAUAUUUUAGUUAAUAACGCAGGGGUUAGUGGAGCCAUUGUCGACUGGGAAGCAAUUGUGACAGCAAUUAAGACAUCAAAGCCUGAGGAUGGUAAGAAUAAUAUUAAUGAAGCUGAAUUGCUGAAUAAAGCCUCAAAGCAAACUUAUGGGUUGGCUGAAGAAUGUGUAAAAACAAACUACUAUGGCACCAAAGGAGUGAUUGAGGCCCUUUUUCCAUGCCUUCUGCUAUCAAAUUCAGGAAGAAUUGUGAAUGUGUCUUCAAGUCUUGGAAGCCUUCAGUUUGUCUCCAAUGAAAGGGUCAGAAUGGAGCUAAAUGAUGUUGAUGUACUCUCAGUAGAGAGAUUAGAUGAGAUAGUGAAUGAAUUCCUCAAUGAUGUUAAGGAGGACAUGUUACAUGACAAAGGCUGGCCUACUCAGACAUCUGCAUAUACAAUCUCCAAAGCAGCCAUGAAUGCUUACACAAGGAUUGUUGCCAAAUCAUACCCAAGUCUCCUCAUAAAUUGUGUCUGUCCUGGUUUCAUCAAAACCGAUAUGACUUCCAACACUGGUUUCUUUACUGUUGAAGUGGGUGCCAAAGGCCCUGUUAUGUUGGCUUUGCUUCCAGAGGGAGGACCUUCUGGCCUCUUUUUCCAAAAGAUGGAGGCAUCAACCUUUUGAUAAGUCAGUUAAGAAUGAGUUGGUUUUCUGCUUUAUGUAUUUCCUAUGGUUGUAUUUGUAAGGUUAUCCUACUUUUCCUAUGCUUUGCUGAGACAAUUGGGUGAUAGAUGUGAAGUUUCUCUUGUAUUCGGUGUUAUAAUUAUGAACUUUAGCUCUGUUUGUGACAAUUGAUAAUAUUUUUAUAAGUAGGAACUAGGAAAAACCAGUCUCAUUUCUUACUGUGGAA